AUGUCAGAGACAGAGGAGAUGGCUGUAGACAAGGAGCUCCAGGAAGAAGCUGCUGCCAAUAUGAAGAACGAGGAAGCUGCAAAGACGAAUGUAUUCAAGGAAGUGGUCUGGAAAUGCAUCAACGCAUUGAUGGGCUUGCCGCCUCACACCAAAGAGAUGCCUGUAUAUCCUAGUGAUGAAGAUGAAUGGCCAAUUGAUAAUGCAACAAAGGAACACCUCAUACGCUUUCAAUGGAAUUUAAGCUGGAAGAAGCAGCCAAACUACACAGCUAUCAAAGAGAUCACCACAUACAUCAUGGAGAAGGGUGCAGUUCAAGUACCAGUUGCAAAAGAAGUCCUAGACCUGGUUAAUGAGAGCCAUUGCAUGGAUUGA